CAAGACAGGCUUCCUCGAAUCCGCAUCUGUCGGCUGGGAACCUUCUUAAUCUACCGUCGCAUCGGAUUCAUCCGUAGCACCAAUGGCGCUGGAGAUUAUCCUCGGCUAAAUUUCACCCAAUUGUCGAACUUGGAUUUCAAUCUGCUCCAUAUUUUAAAGACGAUCUUUGCACCUUCAUCUGUGAAGAAAGGUUCAAUAAUCAAAACAACAGCCAACACUGUGAAGUUCGGCUCUUUAUUUGAUAUAUUUCUGUGACUGUGAUCUAUUGCCUCCUGUGAGGAUAUAAUAAUAAUCCAUCUAUUGUGAUUAAAGAGUACUUUUGAAUCUCGCGGAUUUCAGCUCACUCACUUGGCAAAGAAUCCGCUGCACAUCGAUCAACCAUGUCCUUUUCCAACCUUGUCUCCGACCUAGCCUUGAGAGACGCCCGUGAAGACCGCAGUUCCCAGAUAUCCAAUGUCCGAUCGCAGGCGACUGCUCGAUCUUACACAAGUACAGCCGCCACGAGUGUCAGCAUCUCGGGCGAUAUUUCGAGCCAACUUCAUGCCGGCUACAGUCAUCCCCUGAGCAGGUCAUGGCAAGCUGAGAGGCAGUUAACCAAGGAAAUGUUGAUUUAUCCUCUGUUCAUUACGGAUAAUCCGGAUGAGGAAACACCAAUUCCGUCAUUGCCCAAUCAAUACAGACGAGGGAUUAAUCGCUUGGUUCCGUAUCUCAGACCACUAGUUAAUAAGGGACUCCGCUCUGUUAUUCUGUUUGGAGUGCCUUUGCAUCCCUCUGCCAAAGAUGCUCUCGGGACAUCCGCCGAUGACCCUGCCGGCCCUGUUAUUCAGGCUAUCCGUCUAAUUCGGUCCCGGUUUCCUCAAUUAUAUAUAGUGGCAGAUGUCUGUCUGUGUGAAUACACCUCGCAUGGACACUGUGGAAUACUCCGCGAGGAUGACUCCCUCGACAAUGCCCAGUCUGUCGACCGGAUUUCGGAUGUCGCCUUAGCUUAUGCCACAGCCGGCGCACACUGUGUUGCCCCCUCUGAUAUGAACGAUGGGAGAGUUCGCGCUAUAAAAUUGAAGUUGAUCGAGGCCGGUUUAGCUCACCGUGUCCUCUUAAUGUCCUACAGUGCAAAAUUUAGUGGCUGCUUGUACGGUCCUUUCCGCGAUGCGGCGGGCUCCUGCCCCUCGCUUGGAGACCGCAAGUGCUAUCAACUGCCUCCUGGGGCCCGUGGACUUGCCAGACGGGCUAUUCAGAGGGAUGUAGGUGAGGGAGCAGACAUCAUUAUGGUCAAGCCGGCAAGCAGCUAUCUAGAUAUAAUCAGAGAUGCCAAAGAGCUCGCUCCGGAUAUGCCAAUUGCUGCCUAUCAGGUAAGUGGCGAGUAUGCUAUGAUACAUGCAGGGGCUAAGGCUGGCGUUUUUGAUUUGAAAUCUAUGGCCUUUGAAAGUACAGAGGGGAUUCUAAGGGCUGGUGCCGGUAUUGUAGUGAGCUACUUCGUACCAGAAUUCCUCGAUUGGCUCUAGGUUUUUUUUUUCUCUCGAAAAUUUUCAUGUUUGAUAUAGUCGACUUGUUUGCCAGUUCCAUUCGUCUCACCGCACUCAUUUUUUGGACCAUUUGUAGAAAUAGCCCGGCGUAUUCAAAAUAAUAUUUCGAUCGUCAAAUA